AUGGAGAGAUGCCUCAUGCUAGAUAUACCUUGUCCACCUGAAUGGCUGCUUCCAAUUGAAAUGGAGCGCCUGAGAGAAUGCAUGAAGAACAGUGCAAGGCUGAAGGAACUUGGACUUGCUGAUCCCUAUGCCAAAAUGUUGGCCGAGUACGGCCUGCAGGAUAAUACUGAUGAAGGAGAUUUGAUUGACGAUGAGAAUUCUAAGUGCUCUAAGGAGAAGACUCACAAGAAAACUAACAACCAACCUUCAAGAAUCCACCCUGGUGGAGUCAAGUUUCAGUCUCGCAAGAGAGUUUUUGCAGACCAAACAUCUCCUAGAGUUACAAGGACAAAGAAAAACAAUGCCCAGCAAGAUGCAAGGCUAACACCAAGUGAAAUUUCUGUGCCACCUCCAUCGCAAGCUAAUGAGAGCCACGCUGGAGAACUUGUUGGCAACUUAGAUGACCAAGCACAGGAUGCUGUUGAAGGUAAUAACUCUGCUCUACUUGACAACACACACAUGACCACUGGGGCUGAUGCAAUUGACUGGCCUAAUCAGCAUAGCCGAAUGGAUGAUGGAGAUGGCUUUGCCCAGCAUGAUGACAACACCAUCGUGGCUGGGGGAGAGGAGAGAAGGGACCGGGGACAUAAUAUGGGACUUGGUCUCCAAAGGUUAAACCGAGCGUGCCGUGGCAAGCUGCAAGUUGUCAUAACUGAAGGGCAUAUAAGGCCGGUGGUUCCUCUUGUUGUUGCAAAGUUUGCAAGUGAAUGCAACAUCAUAGUUAGGAACCAUGUGCCUAUACUCCCGCAUUGGAAGCUGUACAAGAAAAAACCUGCAUCAAGUUCAAAGGAGAAAGAACCAAAAGAGAAAGAACCAAACGAGAAAGAACCAAAAGAGAAAGAACCUACAUCUGCGUAUGUUGAUUUAUUCUUAGGAAAACUAAAGGCCAAGUUUGACAUAAACACAGAGGAUAACACAGUUAAAAAGGGUUGUAUUGAGAUGAUGCAAUCUGCGGAGAUGUGUCAAAAGAACAAAGACAACCGAGGGAAAGUUAAGUACCAUCACACAACCGGAUCCCGUGCCUACAUGGUUCAUGUUGAGAAUUUGAAUGUGGGGUACCAGAAUGCCCGGCGUAUUUCCAAUGAGCAGAGCGCUGAACUGGAAGCGGAGAAAAAGACCAAUGCUGAGCUUCGUGUACAAGUGGUUGAUUUGUCAAAUAAAGUGCAAGAAUCUGAGCAGGCAAGGAUUAUUGACCGAGAGGAGAUGAAGAGGAGUCAAUCUGAGAUGGAAGCAAAACUUAACCUUUUACUUAGUCAAAUUCGACCAAGUUAA